AUGGCCGCGGUCAUGUCUGCAAAGCGUCCACGCGCUCUUACCAACGGCAUAGACGUGGUGGGCGGCGUUGGACAUGGCGGUCGCAACAAACGGCCACGACAAUCCCCGCCAGAAGACGAAGAGCGAUCUACGAGUGUCCACGAUACGGACGACAGCGACGACGGCGAACGGGAUGCCACCCGCGAGAACGACCAGAUGAUCUGGGCUACGCAGCAGGUCCAGAAGGACUUUGGUGCUAGCAAGAAUGUGCAGAACGUGCCGACCGACUCUGGCAUCAUCGAGGAAAUCCGAUGCGUCAAUUUCAUGUGUCACGUCAAUCUGGUCAUCACCUUGGGGCCUCUGAUCAACUUCAUCAUUGGACACAACGGUAGUGGAAAGAGCGCAGUGCUCACGGCCCUCCAGAUUUGCCUGGGUGGUAAAGCGACGGCCACCAACCGUGCGCAGAACCUCAAAAGCCUAAUCAAAGAAGGAGAGGAUCAUAGCAGCGUGCGCGUCCGGAUCAAGAACCAGGGUCCGCUGGCAUUCAAACCCCACCUGUACGGCAAAUCGAUUUCUGUCGAGAGACAUUUCACCGUUACUGGAGCUUCGGGUUUCAAGCUGAGGGAUGAAAACGACAAGAUUGUCACCACGAAGAAGGCAGAGCUAGAAGACAUCAUGGACGCAUUCUCCAUGCAGAUUGAUAACCCAAUGAACGUACUCACACAAGAUAUGGCACGGCAGUUCCUAAACCAUUCUACUCCAAAAGACAAGUACAAGUUCUUCCUCGCGGGCACGCAGCUUGAGACCCUCCACCGAGACUACCAGCAGAUUGAGUCCUCGCUGGAGUUGAUGAAUAGUCGGGAAGAGAUUACAAAGGAGAUUAUCGACAGUCGCCGGAAGGAGAUGGAGAUUCUGGUAUCCAAGGCUAAACGCGCAGGCAGUCUUGAACAGAUGCGUAGCAAAGAGCGCGAGCUCGUCAAACAGGCAGCCUGGGCGAAAGUGGAGGAGGACGAAGAGGAGCUGGCAGAGGUCGAGACUGAGAUCACACGCUUGGAUGGUCUUAUUGAAACAAGGACUGCGGAAGCGAAUGACGCGUCUAUUGCUUUCGAACGUGCAGACGCAGCAGUCACAGGCGCGCAGGAAGAUGUUACCGAAACAACAACUCAGAUGGAACCAAAGCAGCAGGCAGUGCAAGAAUGCCAAGAGAAGUUCCAGGCUGUGAGACAAGAGAUGCUCAACCUGCAGUCUGACGAAAGAAAAGCUCGCAGCGACAUAACCAUGAAGAGGAAACAAGUCACUGACUUGACCGCUGAGAUAGCCCAGCUCAAGCAGCGACAAGCCGAGGCUGAUAAUGGGCUCUACGCCGAGAAGCAGCGAGAGCUCGAAGAAGCCAGAGCGGACUGCGAGCAGAGGACAGAAACAUACACCACGCACAACGCAAACCUUCCAGAACUCCAGAAGCAACUAAGGGACACACGGCAAGAGCAGUACAUGGCGGAUCAAGCGGCUGAAAGUGUCCGAAAGGAUGAAGACCGUAUCAGAGCAACUAUUCGUAACCUGCGAGGAGACAGCCGUGACUGGAUGACUGCAUACCAGAAUCCUGAUAGACUACGGAAGCUACUUCGCGCUAUCGAAAGCGACAGCAGGUUUCGCGAAGCGCCAGUGGGCCCUCUUGGACGCCAUGUCAAACUGGUAAAUGCAGAUUGGGGUUACAUAUUGGAGAAGCAGUUUGGUUCAGCUUUGAACGGAUUUGUGGUAACGAGCAAACCGGACCAAACCAUCCUGGCUGAAUUGAUGAGAAGAAACGGAUGGCAAUCGCCCAUUUUCAUAGGGAGCAAAAACCGUAUCGACACUUCCCGACACGAGCCGGACAAGUCUCUGAUGACUUGGAUGAGAGCACUAAAUAUUGACAACGAUCUUGUGCGGAACCAAUUCAUCAUCAAUCAAGGUUUCGAACAAACGGUGCUCAUCCCAAACUCUGACGAGGGCGCGCGAUUCAUGGCCGACCGAGGACCAAUGAGCAGCAAUGUCAAGAUGUGCUUUACGUUCUCCAACGGCGACAAAAGACGUGGCCGUGUGAUAAAUUACACGGGAGGCGGCGGUGUCAACAACAGUCCGAUCGAUGAAUACAGAGGGCAGUUGCGUAUGCAGGUUGACAAAGAGGACCAGAUCAGGCAGGAGGAAGAGCGACUCGAGCAUGCCAUGCGUGCCACGCGUGACGCCCAGCAAGAGUCUAAGAGCCUCCUGGAACAAGUCAAUGCCUGCAAAGCUCGUGAAGCAAACCACUCACGUCUCAAGAAGCAGCUCCAGCACGCGCUCCAGAAAGCCCAAGAUCGUAUGGAGAGGCUCGAGGCAGACUUGAGUGAUGCAACGCCCGAUGCCGCUGCCAUUGAGGUGCUCGAAGAGCAGCUGGCUACUGCUAAAGAGGACCAGAAGCGAUGCGAAGACGUGUAUGAAGACAUGGUCGAGAAGAAGCUUUCGCUGGGCGACGAGAAUGCCAUCAAUAAGAGGGCGCUGGACGCUGCGCAAAAAGAAGUCGAGGACCUGCAGUUCAAGCUGGCCAAGGCGCAGGCGAAAGUCAGGACAAUGCAAGGCAAGCGAGAAGAUGCACUCAAAGCUAAGAACAAGGCUCUGGAGUCGAUUCAAGCCGUUGAGGAGAACCGAAAGCUGUGGGAAGAUGAGCGUGUUCAGAAACAAGCCAUUGUUGACGAACGAAUCGCCGAAGCCAGGCCAGUGGCACCUGAGCGCGUUGCCGUGCCGCGAGGCAAAACCCACGACGACCUGGUCAACACGCUUCGAAGACUUGAGAAAACAAGGCACGAUACGGAGAAGGAGUUGGGCGGGUCUCAGCAGGACCUUUUGCGGAAAGCCAACGAGGCCAAGGUAGCGCACAAAGAGGCCACAGACGAGUACCAGAGCAUCGGAAACAUCAAGAACCACCUCAUCAGGACUCUGAAGCACCGGCAAGAGCGAUGGAAGCAGUUCCGCUCCGGAAUUUCGGUGCGGGCUCGUGUGACGUUCAGCUACCUGCUUGCGGAGCGCAAGUUCCGCGGCGAGCUCAAGAUUGAUCACAGAAGCCAGGCUCUUGACAUCCAUGUGCAACCAGAUAGCAUGGAGAAGUCAGGGGGCGGCAGGCAGACCAAAACGCUCUCUGGCGGCGAGAAGUCGUUUUCGACGGUGUGUCUGUUGCUCUCGCUCUGGGAUGCCAUGGGCUCGCCUAUCCGCUGCCUGGAUGAGUUUGACGUGUUCAUGGACAGCGUCAACCGGGACCGCAGUAUGAACAUGAUCAUCACAGCGGCGAGACGCUCGAUCGGGAGGCAGUUCAUCUUCAUCACGCCGCAAUCGAUGAACAACGUGCAGCAAGACUCGGACGUGAAGAUCAUCCGCAUGACGGAUCCUGAGCGUGGCCAGACGGCGCUCCCUUACACACGAGCGUAG